UACCUUUGUGUGAGGUGUUUCCAAUGAAAGUAGAUUCUCUCCUGAUAUGUUUUUUAUUCUUCAUUAUAAUUCCAGCACACUGGGGAGCACCUAGACAACGAACGUACGUGGUGUCUGAAUCCGACACAACCUCUGGUGUGACACCCUACAGAACCUACACUGUGUCUGGAACGGACACAACCUCUGGUGCGUCACCCUGCAGAACCUACACUGUGUCUGGAACGGACACAACCUCUGGUGCGUCACCCUGCAGAACCUACACUGUGUCUGGAACGGACACAACCUCUGGUGCAUCACCCUACAGAAGCUACACUGUGUCAGGAACGGACACAACCUCUGAUUCUUUUAAGCUUCCAUUCUUACCCCAUGGAACCAGUACACCUCGUGGUCCUGCUCCAGCUGCACACUGGGGAGCACCUAGACAACGAACGUACGUGGUGUCUGAAUCCGACACAACCUCUAGUGUGACACCCUACAGAAUUUAUAGCAUCUCUGAAACCAACAUACCCCACUGUGUGGUACCUAGCAGAAUCUACAGUUUGUCUGAAACCAACAUACCCUCCAGUGUGACACCAGGCAGUACAGGUGUUGGGUCAUCAAUGGACAUAUCCUCCCAUGUGAUACCCGGCAGACCUUACCGUGUGUCUUCAGCCAACACAUCCAAUGUGACACCCAGCAGAAGAGGCAUUGGGUCAUCACUGGAUACAUUCAUCAACCUAAUACCAACCACAACCGAUACUGGGUCAUCAAUGGAUGCAUCCUCACGCAUGACACAAAAUAGAACUUUUACCGUGUCUUCAGUCAACAUGCCCUCCAGUUUUACAGAGAACAGAACUGGUACUGGGUCUUCAGUCAACACAUCCUUCCAUUUCUGACCACACAGAACCAGUUCUUUGCCUUCAGUCAGAUCUUCCAGCCAGGAUGUCUCAUCCAGCACCAGGAGAAAUCAGGGAAUUUAAUUAUUGGAGUCCUGGUCAUGUCCGUUUUCAUAACCAAUAUCAUACCUUCUCUUCAAAUGGGAAAAACUCCAACAAUGUAGAAAGAGCUAAUUAAAGUACAGUUGUACCUACCUUU